AUGAAUAUACUGUCUAUGCUAUCAAAUGACUCUGCUGUUCAACUGCAACUGCAACUGCAACUGCAACUGCAACUGCAACUGAAUCUGCAGUCAGCACCAUCGAAAGCAUCGCCACCAACGCUAUUGCCAAAACAAACAACAGCAACAACAACAAACGCAACAGGAAAUACAAAAACAGUUGCACGAUAUAGUGCAGGAGACAUCAAUAUAUUGAACGAUGAAAAUUCUCACGGGGUCGAUGAAUCUAUUGAUGAACCUGUUACCAAUGGACAGGCCACUAAUAAGGAAUCUGUAAAGCAAGAACCCACUCAACCCACCAACAAUACCGAAACUGAAAAGAAACCCCUUACUCUAUCAAUUCAGAAUGGUGCUGAUAAAAAAUCACUGCCACCCCAAAGUCAACCACCAAGAAUUAACCCACUUGUUGCUGAUGUUACUCUUUCUACUUCAAAAUUCAAAAACGUAUUAGCUCACAUUCAACAUGACCAACUUGAAAUAGAUUUAGACUACAAAUUCAAAUUUGAAUCAAACGUUAGUUUAAUCGACCAACUCGACAAAAACCAAAGAUUGAGCCAGGAUUUGAGAAUACUAAAGUUUGACGAAGUCAAAUCAAACAAUUACUUGAUUAGUACUCAUCAAUUCACCACUAAUUACAUUGAUAGGGUGGUAGCCGAAGACAUCUCAUCGAGAAACAACAAAAUCAGUGACACGAACAAAAAUAAGGAAAUAAUUCAUAUUGACCACUCAAAACCAUUGCACCACAAUAGUACAAGAGGUAAGGAAUACAAAUGGGGCUCUACAAGAGAAAUCCACAAGGUUGAAUCAAAACCAAAGAGGAAAAGAAAUACUGAAAAUAGCGAAACCAACAACUCGCGCAGUACUGUCUCUAGUAAAGCCUCAACGCCAUCAAAGUCUCUGGCAUUUGGAUCUACGCACCAUGUUCCAAUUAGACCAAAGGGAAGCAAAGGUACCAAUUUGAGUUCCAGUUCAGGCCCAAUAACAGACAUUACAAAUGAUUCAAAUAAUGUAAGACGUAGUAGUCGUCCUAAAUCAAAGAGAAAGGCAUAUGAAGAUGGAGAAGGAGAGGAUAAUGGUAACAACAUCGAUUCUAAUUCAACAGAUAAUAACAAUCGUAAUAAAACUCAAGAGGGUGGACGUGGUCCCAAGAGAAUUAGGAUCAAACUUAAGGUUAAACCUGAAGGCGAAAAUGAAGGUGAAGAAAAAGACGAAGGAAAAGGAAAAGGAAGAGGAAAAGGGAAGGGGAAAGGAAAAGGAAAAGGAAAAGAAAAAGAUGGAGAUAAGGAGGAAGAAGACGAGAAUAAUGCUAAUGGUGAAAAUGGUAAAAGUAAAGGUUCUGUUUCCUCUUCAACAACAACAACAACCACAGCAGCAGCAGCAGCAGCAGGAGGAGGAGGAUCAACAGGAUCAGCUUUGGGAACAACAACAUCCAAUUCAUCAACAUCAAAAGAACAAAAGGCAUUUAUGAGACAAUAUGACAACACAUAUGUUGCAAUCUGGAAAGAUAUGUCUAGAAAAGAUGGACCAAAGGUUAGUCGAUUGAUGCAACAGUCAACUCAGGCCAAGCUCAUCAAUUUGAAAAAGACAUGUAUAUUGGCUGCUAGAGAGGCCAAGAGAUGGCAAGUUAAGAAUACAAAGAACCAGAAGGACUUGUCAACAAAGGCCAGAAGAGCUAUGCGUGAGAUGUUUAAUUUCUGGAAACGUAAUGAAAGGAUUGAACGAGAAUUGAAAAAGAAACACGAAAAGGAACUAGUAGAAAAGGCAAAGCGCGAAGAAGAAGAAAGGGAAUCGAAACGACAAUCGAGGAAAUUGAAUUUCCUCAUCACGCAAACUGAAUUGUACUCCCAUUUCAUUGGUAAAAAAAUCAAGACCGAUGAAAUUGAAGGUACGGAUGCAGACCCUAGAAUCAAGGCACAAGAAAAAGCCCACUUGGACAAGUAUGCUGGUGUGGAUGCAGCAAACAAUGAUAUACUGGCGAUUGAUUUUGAUAACGACGAUGAAGAUGCAUUGCAUCGUGCCGCGGCACAGAAUGCACAAAACGCCUUGGCCAAUGCACAAAACCAAGCUAAACAGUUUGACGACACAGAGCCAUUCAAGAAUCCUGAUACUAAUGGUGAAGAAAUGAACUUCCAGAAUCCUACAUUAUUGGGAGACUUGAGUAUAGAACAACCAAAGAUGUUGAAAUGUACAUUAAAGGAAUACCAAAUCAAAGGUCUUAAUUGGCUUGCAAACUUGUAUGAGCAAGGUAUCAACGGUAUUUUGGCAGAUGAGAUGGGGUUGGGAAAAACCGUGCAAAGUAUUUCGGUGUUGUCGUAUUUGGCAGAAACUCAUAACAUUUGGGGUCCUUUUUUGGUUGUGACACCAGCAUCAACAUUGCACAACUGGCAACAAGAAAUCUCCAAGUUUGUUCCCAAUUUUAAGGUGCUACCAUACUGGGGCCACGCCAAGGAUCGUAAAGUUUUGCGUAAAUUUUGGGACAGAAAAUCCUUAAGGUACGAUAAGGAUGCACCAUUCCAUGUUUUGGUCACAUCGUAUCAAUUGAUUGUAUCUGAUAUUGCAUAUUUCCAAAAGAUGAAAUGGCAAUAUAUGAUUCUUGAUGAGGCCCAAGCCAUCAAGUCUUCGCAAUCAUCGAGAUGGAAAUCUUUAUUAUCUUUGAGUUGUCGUAAUAGGCUUUUACUUACCGGUACACCUAUUCAAAAUUCUAUGCAAGAAUUAUGGGCGUUGUUGCAUUUUAUCAUGCCUACAUUAUUUGACUCUCAUGAUGAGUUUAGCGACUGGUUCUCCAAGGAUAUCGAGAGUCAUGCACAAUCAAAUACUGGAUUGGAUGAACAGCAGUUGCGUCGAUUACACAUGAUACUCAAGCCAUUUAUGUUGAGACGUAUCAAGAAAAACGUGCAGAGUGAGUUGGGAGAUAAGGUUGAAAUUGACUUGUUUUGCGACUUGACGAAUAGACAGAAGAAGUACUAUCAAUCAUUGAGAUCACAAAUUUCAAUAAUGGACUUGAUUGAUGCAACAACUACAAACAGUAGCUCCAAUAAUUCUUCACUGGAUGACUCAUCAACUACAUCUUUGGUUAAUUUAGUGAUGCAAUUCAGAAAGGUUUGUAAUCAUCCAGACUUGUUUGAGAGGGCCGAUGUAAGGUCACCGAUGGCGUUGGUGAAAUUUGCAGAAACUGGCUCUUUCUUAAGGGAAGGAAACGAGUUGGAUGUCAGCUAUGCUAGUGAAAAUUUGAUCAACUAUAAUUUGCCUCGCUUGAUCUAUGAUGACUUGAUAUCUGCAAAUGAAAACAAGAAUGAUUUUGGAUCCGUUUAUGCCAAGUUUAGUGUCUAUGACCCUGAAAACCUCAGGGAUUUGGGAUGGAUUUCAUCAGCUGGCACGAGUCCCAACGAAAUUCAACAACUUGGUAAAAUGAAUGUUCUUGAAAGAGCAAUCAAACUGCAGAGAUAUACCACGGGCUCACCAUUGGAUAGGAUCAAUUACCUAUACGAAGGUGACUAUAGCUCGCCCAAUUCCAAAUUACUUAUUAAUCCUCAAAACCAACACAUGAUAUCCCAACAACAGAUUGAAAAUUCUUCAGUACUACUGGACUUGUGCAAUAUCUCACAAAAAGUGUACGAAGAAAUGUAUCUUAACACUCAGGAUCCGGCCUUUACACCGUUGGCAUCGGCACCGCCAAUAACAAUCGUGUGCUCAUCCAAAAAUUUCCAAAACAAACUUCAAAAUGAACUUUUCAAUCCUACGAUUCGUUCAGCGUUGGCACCAAUGUCAUUGAAUAAAGAACUCGAGUUUAUGAAUAACAAUACUCCAUUGGAGCUUUACCCACCUUCAAACAUGCUUCCAUCUUCAUUGAGCAAAGUCAAUGACUAUUCAAACAUUCGAAUGCCAUCAAUGGAUAGGUUUAUUACCGAAUCCGGCAAAUUAGCCAAGUUAGAUGAGCUAUUGGUGAAAUUGAAACAAGAAGACCAUCGUGUUUUGAUCUAUUUCCAGAUGACCAAGAUGAUGGACCUUAUGGAAGAGUACCUUACUUUUAAGCAACACAAGUACAUCAGACUAGAUGGUUCUUCGAAAUUGGAUGAUCGUAGAGAUUUGGUACAUGACUGGCAGACAAAGCCAGAGAUCUUUGUGUUUUUGCUAAGUACACGUGCAGGUGGGUUGGGUAUCAACUUGACUGCAGCAGAUACUGUUGUUUUUUACGAUUCUGAUUGGAAUCCUACAAUUGAUUCACAAGCAAUGGACCGUGCUCAUAGAUUGGGUCAAACUAGACAAGUUACCGUGUACAGGUUGCUUACAAGAAAUACUAUCGAGGAAAGAAUGAGAGACCGUGCCAAGCAAAAAGAACAAGUGCAACAAGUUGUGAUGGAAGGCAAAGCAACCACAAUUAUGAGCAAAAAAGAAGAUGCAGCAAGCAAAAAGAAAGAUGUUGCGUUCUUAUUACUUGGUGGAAGUGGCGAUGGCGAUGGCGAUGGUACUGGAGUGAAUAGUGGUGUUGAUACCUCGAAUGAUGUUAGUAAAUCAACGACACCGAAACCGGAAGUUGGCAAGAAGAAAAACAACGGCAACAAGAAAAAUGUUUUUGGUAAUGGAAAAAAGAGAGUUAGAGAGGAGGAUGGAGAAGAAGAAGAUGCAUUAAAUAGUAAGAGACUUCAGGAGUUAUAUCAUGAAGGAGAAGGUGAGUUCUCGGGCACAGUAACGCCAGCACCAGGUGUUUAG